ACUUUUAUCUCUCUCCAAUGACUCUUGAACUCUUCCUUUUUCAUUCUUCAAUCCACCCCAAAAUCUGAUGGCUUUCUUCUGCACAUCUCCCCGGAAAACCAUGGAUUCUUCUCCAUCUCCAAACCCUCCUCCCUUCUCUCAUCUCACUCACCUUCUUCUCCUCUACCUAUGAGCUACUGUGAUAGAAGGAUAAUCAUCUUCUUUCUGAUCCAAUUCUUUGUUCUUAGUGUUGAUUAUUCCCCUUCUCUCUUUGAUUUCCAUGGGGGCUGGUUUCUCCGCUGCUUGUGCCCAGCCACCGAGUACCGGCCUCAGUGACGUGCCUGAGAAUUGUGUUGCUGAGGUCCUGAUGUACCUCGACCCUCCCCAGAUUUGCAACUUGGCUCGGCUCAGCAAGACCUUUCAUAUGGCUUCAUCUGCUGAUUUUGUCUGGGAGUCCAAGCUGCCCUCAAAUUAUAAGUUUCUUGUCAAGAAAUUGUUGGCUGAGGACCCCGAAAAUUUGAGCAAGAAGGAAAUUUAUGCUAGACUGUGUCAAGCCAACAGCUUUGAUGGUGCCAACAAGGAAGUUUGGUUGGAGAAGAGCUAUGGUGGAAUUUGCUUUGCUGUUUCUUGGAAGGCUUUGAGGAUAACAGGGAUUGAUGAUAGGAGGUACUGGAAACAUUUGCCAGCUGAGGAAUCAAGAUUCCACUCAAUGGCAUAUCUUCAACAAAUAUGGUGGUUUGAGGUGGAAGGAGAGCUGGAGUUUGAAUUUCCAGCAGGAACAUAUAGCAUAUUUUUCCGAAUUCAGCUGGGCAAAACCUCAAGAAGGCUUGGGAGGAAGGUCUGCAACAUUGAGCGAGUACAUGGCUGGGAUAUAAAGCCGGUUCGGUUUCAAUUAUCAACAUCGGACGGUCAGCAUGCCUUGUCGCAGUGUUAUCUGUGUGAACCAGGGAAGUGGGUCCAUUACCAUGCGGGAGAUUUCAUGGUGGAGAAGCCUAAUACAUCCAUGAAGGUCAAGUUUUCAAUGACCCAGAUUGAUUGCACCCACACCAAAGGUGGCCUCUGCCUUGACUCAGUGUUCAUAUGCCCAGCCGAAUAUAGAGAUAGGGUCAAGAAUUUAUGAACUUGUGUGAGUCGUUUUAGUAAUAUUAUUCACUUAUAGAAGCCGUGGAAAUUAAUGCCAUAAGGGAAAUAAUUAAGUUGGUAUUUUGGGUGGUCUCCAAAUGCAGUAAAGCAAAGACAACUUUGUGUCAUCUGUGUUAUUCUUUUGUAUCAUAUGUGUAUUAGUUUUCAGUGGUGUUUGGUGUGGUUUUUGUUGUUCUUCCUCCCUAUAAGUCUCUCAGACUUCCUGUACAGUAAAUUUGGGAAUGAAUGAUAUAUGCAUACAUAUAUAUUCCAUGGCA